AAGAUGGCGGCGGUUUUCAAACCAAUAAUUCGAUGGGCUCAAAGCAAGGAGCGAAUAUUUUUAACACUGGAGUUGUCAGAUGUUCAGUAUCCAGCUGUAGAACUGACUGGUAACCGGUUGGUCUUUCAAGGAUUUGGUCAUGGAGCCAGAGGGGAACAGCAGUACCAUGUGGACAUUGAUUUCUAUAAGCCUGUUGAUAUUACAGCAAGCAGUCAUAAAGUUCUGGAUCGUCAUGUGGAAUUUUCCAUUGCUAAGUUGAAAGGGCAGCAGGAGUUCUGGCCCCGUCUUAUUGUGGAUGAACAAAAGCCAGCCUGGUUGAAAGUCAACUUUGAUCGAUGGCAAAGUGAAGAUACAUCUGAUAGUGAAAAAGAUGAACUGGAAGAACAAGCUAAACUAGAGAACUUGAUGGCUAAUACCAAAGCCAUGGAAUUAGAUCUGGACAAUGAAAUAGAGAAAACCAAACAAGAAGUUUUCAGAUUUACUCGAACAUUCUACUUGGUUGUGUAUAAUCUCAUGCAAGGAGGAUUAUAUCUCUACAUCACUUCAGUCCUUCUGUACAAAGCAAUUUUUCAAGGGACAGAUGCCUUCUCUGAAGCUUAUGACUUAGUCAGUGAUGUACUAGCCUCAUGUCAGUUGGCAGCCUUCUUGGAGGUUAUUCAUCCUAUGGUUGGUAUUGUCAAGACUGGUGUACUGGCUCCAUUCAUGCAGGUUUUUGGUAGAAACUUGGUUCUUUUCUUGGUAGUGGUUGCAAAUAAAGAGCUCCAUAAACUUACAGCUGUAUAUGGUCUUUUCAUUGUAUGGUCUCUUAUUGAAGUUGUACGGUACCCAUUUUAUGCCUCCGAGAUCCUUGGCAUAAGGAUUGAACCCCUGAUGUGGCUUCGAUAUACAUUAUGGAUUCCUUUGUAUCCCCUUGGUGUACUCUUUGAAGUUACUCUCAUAUGGAAGGCAAUUCCUUUACUGGAUGAAUCUGAGAGAUUUUCUGUCAAACUACCAAAUGCAUUGAACUUCAGUUUUAGCUUUGCAUGGUACCUCAGAGUAUAUCUUGUCUUUCUUGUUAUUGGUGGCUGUUACAUGAUGAGACACAUGUAUGCCCUACGACAACGAAGAUAUGGCAGGAAGAAAACAAAAACAAAAUAGCAACCUUCUCCGUGAAUAAUACCUGCAACAUAAAGGCCUAAUCAUGCCUGCCAAGACUUUAAAAGUCAGAUCUCUCUCAAAAAUUGUUGAUGAUUCUUUUAACUACAAAGAAAACAAUUAUACAAAGGAAGGCACAGCAUGCUGUUCAGUGCUGCAGUUUUGGCUGUGGCAAGCUGACAAGUACUUACAUGUUUCAUGUAAUAUAUCAAAGGAAAGUCAUGUUACACUGAAGAUUGAUAAAAGGUUACAUUUAGAGACUGUGUUCCACAUGGCUACUGUAAAUACAAUGUUUAGCAUCCGUGGUCAGGAAGAACUAUCAAUGAAAAGUUAUUCCUAUAAGUUUUCUUGAUUUUAUUGAAGUAGACAACCUUAGUAAGUAGCAUUUCUGCCAUUUUUAUUUGGGGUAGAAGUGUGUUUCAAACAGCAGUUGGUGAUCAAGAAUAUAAUUUUGACUGAGAGUACCAUAAAAGAAGUAUAUCAAAUCAGUGGAUUUCCUACAAGGUUAACAUACCCCAGGUACAAUUCUGACGGUUGGCAAGGAAGUAUUGCCUAGAUAUAUUGAGUAACAGUUAAGUAAAAGACUAUUAUGCCAAGAUGGAAGGACACAAAUACAGUUGUUACAAGAAUCUGCCACAAUUCUAACUUACAAAGUCUCAACAAGGUUAACUUUAUGGCAUUUACUUUGGAUUUAAACAAUUUUUUUUACCAAUGUUUUGACUUCAGUUAUUGAUGUAACUGUGUUAAUGCAAUAUCCCCUCCUAAAAAUUCAUUUAUACAGUAUUUAUACUGUAUCUACCAACAACAACAUCUAGAUUCUUGAUGCUAAUGCAGGUAACAAAUAUAUUUAAGCAUGCAACUUAUAAAGGUUACAGUGUUUAUCUACAAGAAUCUGCCACAAAUAUAACUCACAAAAUAUCAAGGUUAGGAUUAAUGCAUUUACUUUAGAUUUUUAAAAACAAAUUUUUUAAUAUUUUGACUUCAGGUAUUGAUAUAACUGUGUUUAACUGUUUCUCAUUUCAAGAUUUUUUCUGACAUGCUUUUAAGAGAUAUUUUAAAACAGAUUUUAAAAGUUCACAGGUUAAUUGACAAGCCACUUUGACAUUUUAGACUACUGGCUUUCUCAGUUAGCAAUUUUAAGUAUAGCAACCAAAUUUUAAUCUUGAUGAAAGUCAUCUAAACACCAUCCCAACCAUUAUGUUUAUAUGGUAAUAAAAUGUAAGUAUAAAAAA